AUGAAAAUAAUUUAUAUUAUUUUUAUAACAUUUGUAUUUAUUAUUUAUGUAUAUGGAAAAUUAAAUAUAGAUAUUUUUAAAAAUCUUGUUAAUAUUGAUAUAGAAUAUAUAAAUUUUUAUAAAAAUGAUAUAAGAAAAAAAUAUAUGAGAAAUGGAAAUAGUUUAAUAUAUGAACAUGUAAGUAAAUAUAUUAAUUUAAAAAAUAAUUAUGUAGAAGUUAUUAUAAAAGGGGAAUUAAAAAAUGUGCAAGAUACCUUGGCAGAAAGUUUUCUUUUUUUAUUGCCUUAUCACGAGGCCUACCAGGCAACCAACCUACAUGUUGUUGAUGAAAAAGGAAAUAUUCUUCAACAUAAUAUUUUAAAAGAUACAAAAGAUGUAGAAGAUAUAAAUAUAGAUUCAUUUAAUCAUGAUGUGGACAUAUCAAAUUUUAAUAUAAAAGUUUAUGAAAUAUUAUUGAAUACAAAAUUAAAAUUAGAAGAACAUGUUGUUAUUGAAUUAUCAUAUACACUAGGUCAGCCUUAUCAUCCAUAUCCAUUAGAUAUAAAUUUAAUGGAAAAACAAAAUGUUUUAUUUUAUUUAUCUUCAAAAAUUUUGUUACCAUAUCAAGUUGAAAAAUAUGAACAGAUAGAUAUAAAAUUAUGUGACAAUUGUGAUAUUGUUAAUUUAGAUGAUGCAUGUUUUUUAAAAGAUUUAAAAAAAAUAAAUGAUAAAAAUUAUAUUAUUAAAUAUCAACAUAAUAUAGAACCAUUUAAUUUAGGAGAUAAAAUCUUAUUAUAUUUUGUAUGUGAUUAUAAUUUAGGUUAUUUUGAAAAAGUAAUAAAAAAUAUUAACAUAUCUUCUUUAGGUUAUAUAUAUGAAAAGGAAGAAUACUUUUUAAAAAAUAAUGCAGCAAAAAUAAAUAAAUUUGAUAGAUAUGUCUUAAGUGACUAUGAAAGUAAAUACACCUCAUCUGCAGGAGCUACCACAGGCGAUAUAAACGGUGCUACUAAUAUGGGAUUUAUAAAUAUAGAGAACAAAAAUGAUACCUUUAAUAAUAUUUCAAAUACAAAUAUUUCAAAUAUAAAUAUGCCAACCGACAAGACACACAACCAAAAUAGUAUCAUCUAUUCUCUUGAAUCUAAAAUAAAUUAUAAUAUUUAUGACUACAAUUAUUUUGAUGAUCUAGGAAAAAUAUAUUUAAUUAGAGGAGAAGAAAUAUAUGAUGAUGAGAAAAAAAAAAAUAUUCUAAAAUUCGAUGUAAAACCUAGAUAUCCUUUAUUAGGUGGUUGGAAAUUUCAUUUCUUCAAUACAUUUUAUCAUUAUUCUAACUUAUAUAAAAUGAAAAAUAAAAGAAAUGCAUAUGCAUAUAAAGUAGAUAUUUCUCCUACUAUUAAAAGUUUUUAUAUCAAACAAUUAAAUAUAAAUAUAUCUUUACCAUCUUAUUCUCAUGAUAUUUUUAUAAAUAAAGAUAAUCUUAAAAAUAAUCUACAUAUACAAACUACAAAAAAAAAAGAAUGGAUCGAUUUCUUUUCUGAAAGAAAUGUUCUUGAAUUACAAAUACAUAAAUUCUUUC